AUGGAGAGGAUACGGAGGCUUGCCGCCGAUUCAGUGGCAUAUGAGCCGCUCGAGGGUUCAUCGGAGGGGCCCGCCGACACGGAGCACGCGGAGCAGUCUCGCUACUCCAGAUUUGAAUAUGUCAUAUUCUUCUUGCUCGGAAAUGCUAUGCUCUGGGCAUGGAACAUGUUCCUAGCUGCCGCACCAUACUUCCGUAGUCGCUUUGCAACCAGCGAAUGGGCCGUGAGGAACUACCAAUCCUCAAUCAUGUCCGUCUCAACUGUUACGAAUCUAGCUACUGUAUAUGUUCUUGCGAAGCUCCAGAAGAAUGUCUCCUACCCUCGCCGCAUCACGAUUUCCCUUCUUGUCAACUGCGUCACCUUCACACUUCUCGCCUUCUCGACAUUCGCGCUUAAAAAUGUCUCGGUACCUGUGUACUUUGGGUUUCUCAUGAUAAUGGUCCUUGCUGCUAGCUUUGCUACUGGUCUCAACCAGAAUGGUGUUUUUGCUUACGGUGCCGGCUUCGGCAGGGAAGAAUAUACCCAAGCAAUUAUGGGUGGCCAAGGAGUGGCUGGAGUACUACCUUGUGUGGUCCAGAUUGCAUCGGUCCUUCUGGUACCAAUGGAAACCCAUGGCGGACAGGACCGAUCAGAUGAACCCCCAGCAGCUUCCCCCAAAGCUGCGUUCAUCUACUUCCUAACCGCAACAGGCGUCUCAAUUUUGACAUUGCUGGCUUUCUUGCAUCUCCUCCGACGCCGGCCCGGCCCGCGGCCGAAGUCUGUGCUGGAGAACGAAGACGACGAACUCGUCGAUCUUCCGCAUGACAAGUCAGUCAGCCUAUGGACACUGUUCGGGAAGCUUCGUUACUUGGCCAUUGCAGUGGCGCUAUGUUUCACGUUCACUAUGAUGUUCUUCCCCGUCUAUACCUCUGAAAUUGUGUCCGUGAAUGAUCCGCAGCAAUCCCGUAUCUAUGACCCGCGCGUCUUUACCCCCCUCGCCCUGCUGGUCUGGAAUGUGGGGGAUCUUGCCGGGCGGACUGCGGUGGCGAUACCGGGCCUAUCAAUCGGACAUCGCCCGUUUCUUGCGUUCCUCCUGGCGGUUGCGCGCAUUGGGUUCCUCCCACUUUACCUUUUGUGUAAUAUCAAUGGGCAUGGAGCUGUGGUGCACAGUGACUUCUUUUAUUUGGUCAUUGUGCAGUUCCUCUUCGGGGCUACUAAUGGGUACCUCGUGUCGAGCUGCAUGAUGGGCGCCAAUUUUUGGGUUGAUGUGGACGAGCGAGAGGCUGCUGGGGCUUUCAUGAGUAUCAUGCUUGUGGCCGGCUUAGCAGCUGGCAGUUUGCUCAGCUUCUUUGUCACUAGCUCGUGA